ACAAAGACAUACCAAAAAGAAGAGUGUGAUGAGAGAGUUGAAAUAUUCUCUUUAGCUUUCAUGGAUAUAUUUUAUUUCAAGAUUCAAACAAGUCUGCAGAAGAGUUAGAUAAAGAUCUACUAAUUCGUUAGAUUUCGGAAAAUAAAAAAAUAUAAUCUUCUCUUCUGUUUUUACUUUUCUUUGUUUGGUUCCAACUGUUUCAGCUUUGGAGUACUUCUAGCUUGUUCUUCUGGUUGAUCAAGUUUAAGGAACAUUCAAAUUCAUCAUUUACACAAUGAUGUCUGGUGAUGGGCGCUCCUCAAUUCCCUCAUCAAUGAGUGGCUUCAUUCAAGAACCAAAUCCAAACCCUAACCCUAACCCUAACCCUAACCCUAAUGCGAAUUCAGUGAAGAGGAAGAGAAACCUACCAGGUACACCAGAUCCGGAUGCAGAAGUGAUAGCUCUCUCACCGAAGUCUCUCAUGGCGACGAAUCGAUUCUUGUGUGAGAUAUGUAACAAGGGUUUUCAGAGAGACCAAAACUUGCAGCUGCAUCGGAGAGGUCACAAUCUGCCAUGGAAGCUCAAGCAAAGAACCAACAAAGAGGUCAGGAAAAAGGUAUAUAUCUGCCCCGAAAAGAGCUGUGUGCACCACGAUCGGUCAAGAGCCCUCGGGGACCUCACCGGAAUAAAGAAGCAUUACAGCAGAAAACAUGGCGAGAAGAAGUGGAAGUGCGAGAAGUGUUCAAAGAAAUACGCAGUUCAGUCUGAUUGGAAGGCUCAUAGCAAGAUUUGUGGGACUAGAGAGUAUAAAUGUGACUGUGGAACACUCUUCUCCAGAAAGGAUAGCUUCAUCACACACAGGGCCUUUUGUGAUGCCCUGGCUGAAGAAAAUGCAAAUUUCACUUCAGUUCCUACGCCAAAUUUGAACUACAGAAAUGACUUGAUUAGUGGGUCACUUGGGGAUCCUCAAGCUGCCGGAAACCCCCAGUUUUCCUCGGUGUUUCAGCCCGAUCUUGUUGCUUUAGAGGCUGGCCAGAACAUGAUGGAUGGGCGGAAACCUAGGUUGCCACUAUGGUUGGACCAUGGCAAUUCUCAUCUUAACCACAUUGGGAUGGCAUUUAACAAUUCUAAUGCCGGCUUGUCUGAGCAAACACCACCACCAAAUAUGUUUGGAUUAUCAGCACAAUGGCUCAGUAGGGAACAAGAAGCACCAUAUAAUUGCACCAAUAAUAUAUCUUCAAUGGCACCGCCACGGAGAUUGAAGGUGGAGGAAGAGAACAAAGGGAAUAUGCCGGAGACCAUAAGCUCUUUGUUUUACAGCAACCAGAGUCAGCAGCAGCAAGAAGCAGCCUCAUCUCCCAUGUCGGCCACGGCACUUUUACAAAAAGCAGCCCAAAUGGGAUCCACAACAAGCAAUUCAUCACUGUUUGGGAACAGCUUUGGUCUCAUGAGCUCGUCCCUUUCUCGUGUCACAAGCUUCAAUUCUUUCAAUCAAAAUAUAAAUAAGGUCCAGAAAUUCUCGAACCAGAGUGAGAACUUGAAUGGAUUAAUGUGUUCUAUUUCGGCUAAUUCGGUGCCAGCCACUAGCAGUGGUAGUACUCAUGAAGGGGGAUUGCCAUUGGGUUAUAUGAACUCAAGCUCAUUAGUGAGUAAAAGCAGUACGAAUUCGGAUCCUUCAAUGAUGAUGCCUACCAAUGGAAAGCAAAACAAAACAAGUUGUAAUGAAGCUGAACAUGGAAUGACCAGAGAUUUCCUUGGCGUAGGAGGUGGUGAUAGAGGCAGGUCCUUGUUGCAAGAAGAGCUAGUCAAGUUUGCUUCAAUGGGUUCAGCCAUCAACUUAAGCCAGUACCACGGAAGUCAAUGACUCAAUGAAAAAAGAGAAUUCAUGUGAUUGCCUUCGUUCCCAUGAUAUUUUAAGGUAGGUAAGAAUGAUGCCACUAUAAAGUUUAUUUUGGUAAUUUUGAACAUUAGUUUAUAUGGCGCAUAUCAUGGGACUAUAUAUAUAUAUAUAUAUAGAUAUAUAGAGAGAGCGAUGCUGUGAAUUGUCAGAGAAAGGGCCGGCUAGGAAACUGUAUGUUGGAUGAGACUAAGCAAAAGGUGACUUAGCUUGGAGGGAAUCACAAGGCGGGCGUUCAUAGUCUUCGUGUGGAAAAUUUUCUAUUUCUUUGUCGGGUUUAUGACUCCUGAGUUGUGUGACCCUUAGUGUUGAAUAACCACGGUUACCAAUUUUGAUACGCUCACUCCACUCAAGUGUGUGCACAUUAGGAUAUUUAAAUAAGGUGUUAUUAUGUGUCAUGUCAUGUCAUGUUAUGGUCUUCUAGAAAGUUUCCUCUAUGUAUGCAAGUCUUACCCAAUAAAGGAGGCCAAGAGAUAAAUACACACAUGACUCGUCUUGUGGUGUAGUGGACUUCAUGCUUCCUUUCCCAUCAAGUUUUGAUUUUAAUUUUAAUUUUCAUUUUCAUUUUCA